CACCAACACAACCGUUAAAUAGUACAUGAAUUUACCGAAACAAACAGCUGAUUGCAUUGUUACGAAAGUGAAGAUGUAAACAAAAUAGAAGAAAACUCGCACUGGGCAGUGUAGAGUGAGAGCGCGCGAUAUCAAAACGCAUGCGUGAGCACAAGUAGAGUAUUGGAGAUUUGGAGACUGAAUUCCAAUGCAAGUAUACCGAGUGCGCAACAUCACAGGAUGUCAUCUGAGGCAUCUUCAAAUUGAUUUUAUCCAGCAGCAGUUACAGAAUCACCAAAAUCCGCACCCAUUUCGAGUUAGAAGAAAAAUUUUCAUUUUAAUUUUUUUCCACGGAAAAGUAUUAUAAAAAACAUUGAAAAUAGUUGAAAAAAGGGCGUAGAAAAAAGCAGGAGGAAAAGCUGAAAAUUUAUGAAUACAAUGUUUCACGGAGCUUCUAAGUAAACGGCACAGCGCAUUUGUUGUACGGAAGCUGUGCUCCAUUCUAGGCACGGCACAGCAUUUUGGUAAAGUCAUGGCACACAAUAAGGCGAGCUCAUGGUGGAGCUGCAGCCUGGCGCUGCUGGUGCUGCUGUUGGUUUUCACACAUCUACAAAAAGUAAGUGCAUCCGAAGAUGAAGAACGCUUGGUACGUGAUCUCUUUCGUGGGUAUAACAAACUUAUACGACCCGUUCAGAAUAUGACACAAAAAGUUGGAGUAAGAUUUGGUUUGGCGUUCGUACAGCUAAUCAAUGUCAAUGAGAAAAAUCAAAUUAUGAAAUCAAACGUUUGGUUACGUUUGGUUUGGUACGAUUAUCAAUUGCAAUGGGAUGAGGCCGAUUACGGUGGUAUUGGUGUACUUCGUUUGCCGCCCGAUAAGGUUUGGAAACCGGAUAUUGUAUUGUUCAAUAAUGCUGAUGGCAACUACGAAGUACGCUACAAGUCAAACGUUCUUAUCUACCCAACGGGCGAAGUGCUCUGGGUACCACCGGCCAUCUAUCAGAGUUCGUGCACCAUUGACGUCACCUAUUUUCCGUUCGAUCAACAAACUUGUAUCAUGAAAUUCGGUUCUUGGACAUUUAAUGGUGAUCAAGUGUCACUGGCUUUGUAUAAUAAUAAAAAUUUUGUCGAUCUUUCCGAUUAUUGGAAAUCCGGCACGUGGGACAUAAUCGAGGUGCCGGCCUAUUUGAAUGUCUACGAAGGCGAUGGCAAUCAUCCAACCGAAACGGAUAUAACAUUCUACAUAAUUAUACGUCGGAAAACUUUGUUCUACACAGUGAAUUUGAUACUGCCAACUGUGCUGAUCUCAUUUCUGUGCGUUUUGGUGUUCUAUCUGCCAGCCGAGGCUGGUGAAAAGGUCACUUUAGGCAUAAGCAUUCUGCUGUCACUGGUUGUGUUCCUGCUGCUCGUCUCGAAAAUUCUUCCACCAACUUCGCUGGUGCUGCCACUUAUCGCCAAAUAUUUACUCUUCACCUUCAUCAUGAAUACGGUUUCCAUUUUGGUUACAGUCAUUAUUAUCAACUGGAAUUUCCGUGGACCGCGCACACAUCGCAUGCCCAUGUGGAUACGCACGGUCUUCUUGCAUUAUCUGCCCGCAUUUUUACUCAUGAAGCGUCCACGUAAGACCAGAUUGCGUUGGAUGAUGGAAAUGCCGGGCAUGAGUAUGCCCGCACACCCACAUCCCUCGUACGGUUCGCCGGCUGAACUGCCCAAGCACAUCAGCGCCAUUGGAGGGAAACAAUCAAAAAUGGAGGUUAUGGAGCUCUCCGAUUUACAUCAUCCUAAUUGUAAAAUUAACCGUAAGGUAAACAGCGGCGCAGAUUUGGGUCUUGGCGAUCAAUGUCGGCGUGAGAGUGAAUCGUCCGAUUCGAUAUUACUCUCACCGGAGGCCAGUAAAGCCACAGAAGCUGUUGAGUUUAUAGCUGAGCACUUGCGUAACGAAGAUCUGUACAUACAGACUCGUGAGGAUUGGAAAUAUGUAGCCAUGGUCAUCGAUCGCCUCCAACUCUACAUCUUCUUCAUCGUGACCACUGCCGGUACCGUUGGCAUACUUAUGGAUGCGCCACAUAUCUUUGAGUAUGUGGACCAAGAUCGAAUCAUCGAAAUUUAUCGUGGAAAAUAAAUGAAAAAACUAACGAAUUAACAGCAGUAAAAAAUUUGUGAAAUUCAAAAUUCAAAUAAUUUUCCAAGCAGAGAGUGCGGGUUUUGGCACUAAUCCGUUGUUAGUGAAGAAUUAUAACGAACCAAAUUUCGAAACUGCACUUCAACACUAAACUCAGUUUGAAUCCCAUUCCUUUGGAUGUUUAUUAUUCGAGAAAACUCACACGACAAGUUAACAUAGUUUUUUCCCAAUAUUAACAUUUAAAUUUGUACACUUAAGGAUUUUUAAUUAGGAAAAAUAAGUUAACAUAAGUGCAAGGCUUCGUAAAGGAAAUUGUUAUAUUAAGCGCUUCAAUAGCAAAAUUAUGAAUUAAUUGAACAAAGUAGAGCAUUUUAUUAUUAAGAAGAGAGAGAGAGAAACCGUUAAGCAGCAGGAAACAGACGAAACAUAAAAUUUAGCGAAUUAGAUUAAUUAGCGCAGUUAAGCCAAGAAAAUAGCAAAUUAAAUAACAACAAAUAAAAAUCGCUUUUACUCACAA